UCCCUUCUGUCCAGCAGGGACAAACCACCCCUCCUCACAGGUUCCCCCCACCCUCUGGCUCCCCAGGGGCUGAUGUCAUCCCCCUGGAAAUUCAGUCGCACAAAACAGAAAGCAAAUUGCCUUUUGGACGCAGAUAUAAACCCUGCCACCGGCACCUUCCAGCCACACACCUCUGCCAUCCCUCGCGCCGAGCACACCCAGCCGGGAAGGGCACUGUGAGAAGCAGCCACCAGAAUGGUCUACUCCAGCUUCCAGAAAUCCCAGAAGUUCUUGGCAAGCUCUCGGCAAGUCCACAAAACUGCUGCCCACGUGGUGGCCCAGAGCGCUCCCGAGGAGACUGUGACCAGCAGCUUUGCCUCGUUCAUCCACGCGGCGCAGCCCGAGCACCUGUCCCAGACCGUGCGGCAGCGGAGCAAGAGGAUGAUCCUGGACAGCAUCGGCGUGGGGCUUGUGGGCAGCACCACGCGGGUCUUCGACAUCGCCCUGCGCUACUGCCGGGAGCUGUACUCCUCCGUGGCCGUCAGCUCGGUCUAUGGAAAGCCAGGAGUGAAGCUCUCCCCGACGCUGGCUGCCUUCACCAAUGGCGUGGCGACUCAUUCCAUGGAUUUUGACGACACCUGGCACCCUGCCACUCACCCCUCCGGGGCCGUCCUGCCGGCUCUCCUGGCAGCUUCCCAGAUGCUCCCUCCCAACACCAAACCCAACGGCCUGGAUUUCCUGCUGGCGUUCAACGUGGGCCUGGAAGUGCAAGGGAGGCUCAUGCACUUCUCCACUGAGGCUCACGACAUUCCCAAAAGGUUCCACCCUCCCUCGGUGGUGGGCACCCUGGGCAGCGCCGCGGCCACAGCCAAGCUGCUGUCCCUCAGCUCGGCCCAGUGCUGCCACGCCCUGGGCAUUGCUGCGUCCCUCGCCGGGGCGCCUAUGGCCAACGCAGCCACCCAGGCCAAGCCGCUGCACGUCGGCAACGCCACCCGCCUGGGCUUGGAGGCCGCUCUGCUGGCGGCCCGAGGGAUGGAGGCCAACCCCUUGAUCCUGGAUGACAUCCCUGGCUGCUCGGGAUUCAGCGCCUUCUACAGCGUCUACCACCCCAAACCGCUGUCCGCUCCCGGAGAGCACCACGAGUUCCUCCUGGAAAAGCAGGACAUCGCCUUCAAGCGGUUCCCAGCCCACCUGGGGAUGCACUGGGUGGUGGAUGCUGCCUUGUCCGUCCGGAACCUCUUCAUCAACUACGCGGGGUCCUUCUCCCCGUCUCUGAUCCGCACCAUUGUGCUGAAGAUCCCGGUGUCCAAGUACAUCAACCGGCCUUUCCCCAGCUCGGAGCACCAGGCAAGGCACUCCUUCCAGUUCAACGCCUGUGCUGCCCUGCUGGAUGGCGAGGUGGGCCUGGGCUCCUUCUCCGAGAGCAGCAUCCACCGGCAGGAGCUCAGGGAGCUGCUGGACAAGGUGGUGGUGGAGCACCCUGAAGACAACGUGGCCAACUUUGACAAGAUGUACGGAGAGGUGGCCCUGCUCCUGCACAGCGGGGACGUCCUGACGGGAAAAUGUGACACUUUCUACGGGCACUGGAGGAAGCCCCUGAGCAAAGAGUCGCUCCUGAAGAAGUUUAGAUCCAACGCCUCCCACGUGCUUCCAGAAGAAAAAAUAGAAGCCAUCAUCACUCUCGUGGACAACCUGGAGAACCUGUCAGACAGCUCCCAGCUGGCCUGCAGCCUGUGAGGGGACAGCAUGGGGGCUUGGUGAGGGGCGUGUCCUGGUGAAACUGCUAUUCCUUUCCUCAUUGGUGCUUUCCUAUUGAUUCCCAAGGACCGGGACGUUCCCACCCCUUCCAGUAGAUAAUUCCUAAGGAACCCACGAGGCAGGAGGUGUGUCUGGGUUAGCACACGGAGUAAACUUUGACUCCUGCUUGAUGCUGAGGUGCUGAAAGGCCACCACAAGUAUAAAAAAAUUCCCAUGGAAAUCUCUGAGAACCCUGGGGUAUCAUCCAGUUCUCCAGAAAGAAACGGCACCCAGGCAAUUCUUACAGCUGGAUUCCAAGAUUUUUCUGUGCAGAACACCUGACCACUGAGUCUGGGAAGGGGAGGAAAUCCAGCUGCAGAGCCUGUGCUUUUCUUAGUGCUCCUCUGGGCACUUUUGGGAUUAGGCUCAGGCAGUCCCGCUGGCCACAAGAAAAAUCCAUCCUUGCUGCAAACAGCCCUGCCUGCAGAACUCUCUGGAAGAGAGGGAUUAUCUUCCUUUCCUGUAAAAGCCUCCUGUUUCUCCAGCCUGUGGGCAGUGUUUGCCACUUCUCUGUGUACAAAGGAUGGCUUGAGGACCCUCGAGACCUGGAUGUCUUUUCUGAAGGGAGGAGGGUUGGCAGUUGAGGAAUCCUACACCCUGAGGGCAGUCCCUGGCCAUCCCAGGGCUGUCCCACACCACCCCUCCAGGCUUUCCCAGGUUUUCCCAGGCUUUCCCAGGCUAUCCCAGGCACCUGUUCUGAGCUGGCUCACCAGGUGGCCCAUGGGCUUCUCUGGGAGGUGACUUGAGCACAUACACUGUGACUCCACUUGGGAAAUUCCCCUUUCCCUCCUGUGAAAAGAAGGGAAGCUCAUUGAGACUCGGCUCUUAACUCAUCUUUCCAGCUGGGAUGAAAUCCGUGCUCCUGAGCAGCCAUUCCCUGGAAGGCUCUUUCCCCUGCAUCCUCCCUGAACGGUGAGAUGGAUAGCUCAACAUUUCUCCACAUCAUACAGUGGGAUUGCUGAUCCAAAGAGCUCCUUCCCAAUAGGAAAACUGUGGGAUCUGCUGUGGAAAUUAGAGUUCAACAGGGAUGAGAUGGGAGCAGACAAGAAGGAAGAUCCUUUUCUCUUGCUGGUCUUGGUUUGUGCAGGGAACGAACCAUCCAGAAGAAAACUGUUUUCCCACCUGUUAAUCCACUCCAAUUAUCCACUCCAAUACCCCACUGUCCAAUAUUCAGAAUGAAUCUUGCUGAAUAAAGAACAGAAUUAAAUUUG